AUGUAUAAGACUGACACGGGUCGCAACAAGCUGAAGGAGCUUUUGAGACGCCAUCAAGAUUUGAAGAAGGUUGAUGCUGUGAUUCAGAGAUGGCACGUCCGGAAAGCCAGAUUCGACAAAAAGGGGGGCUGGUACACGCGGCCUUGGCUGAUGAAUGAAAGGCACUGGACUAAGAAGAUGACAGACUGUGCUUUCGAGUGGGCGGAAAAACAUAACCGCAAGAGGAAAAACCCGGUACACCAAGAGGAAGAAAUUGGCAUAGUGUUGGACGACGAGUUCAUGUUCCGGACAGAAUCGGGAGAGAGCAUGUCACAACAGACGACCUUUGGCGUGGAGGAUGAGGACAUGGCUUUGUUGGACAACGACUUCUUGCCGUCCUCUACUGCUGGCCAAGAUGCCCUGACGGGCUUUGCGAUGGAGCAAGCCGGAAUGCACUUGGAAGAAGGGCAUGAGAGCCUCCGAGCUGAUUCUUCCAGCUUUAAGCUUUGCUACCCCAGCAUCAAGCAGAAUUCCUCGUACAAGACUUUGCUCCCGGCAUUUGUUGAAGUUUGCAGCCGCAAGCUUGACAAUACAGCCAAGGUUCAGGAGACCUUGAACAGCAUCAACACAGACCGCGCAAAGGAGUUGCAUGGCCACCUGGACUCUGUAACCAAGCAGCUGAAGGUGCACCACCAAAAGAUGAUGGAUAUUCAGGGAGACAUGUUGCUUGAUGCCAAAAGGGACUUUGAGGGCGAUCUACAGGACCUGUUCUCUCAAAUCACGAGAUUGGAUGUGACAUUGAACAACUAUAUUUGCCGCAGUAAGCAGAUCAAGAAGCCCAAGAAUGUUCCUGAUAACGGUGGGAAAGGUUCCAAUCGCCGUUCACCUGCGGGUAAAGCGAAGGCGAAGGCCAAGGGAAAGGCCAAAUCAAGCGCCAAAAAGAAAAGUCCUGAGAAUAAGGAGGACAAGUAG